UUGCCGAUUCAUGCCUCCAUGCUUUGUGCCACUCAAGUAGGCUGUAGGCUACUCCUUCAAGGGCAGAGGAAGGAUUUGGUAAUGGACUCGAGAUGACUACCAGCCAAGAAUUUAAAAUGCUUGUAUGAAACAACUGCUCUGCUGGAAGGAACUUGUAGCAACGCCGUCCUUUAGCUAGUGUCUCUGGAAGGUUAAAGCCUCUUCUCUCUCCUUCACUUUGAGCCUUUAUUCCCACCCACCAUGGUGGUUAUGAAGAGCUAUUGCGGGGCAGAAGCCUCCAUUGCACAGACAUGGGUGGAGGGAGGCUUAUCGCCUUGCUUCUACUUCACCUUGGUCCCUUCUGUGCUCCUCACACUCUCCUUUUUCUUUGGCACCUUCCACUGCGUCUGCUACCAGCGCUAUGGUACAGACAUGGAGCCCAAGUUCGUUCCCCGCUCACGCCUUUAUGGGGCUCAGCUCUGGCUGUCAGUGCUACUGCUCCUCCAGGCUCUGGGGGGGAUGGUGUACCAGGUGGCCCAGGGAACGGAGGAGGUCCCUGGGUACGUGGUGCUGUACGGCUGCCUCUCGAUACUGGGCUGGGCCUGGGCCAUCGCCUUGCUGAGGCUGGAGAGAAGGAGGGUGCUGGUCAGAGACCGGACCAGAGGCCACAGCACGGUGCUGCUCAUGUACUGGGCAGUGGCGUUCGCCUCGGAGAACCUUGCCUUCAUAUCCUGGGCCAGUCCCUACUGGUGGUGGGGGCUGGAUGGAGAGAAACACCAGGUGGAGUUUGCACUCUGGCUGAUUCGCUAUGCUGGAUCUGGAGCUCUUUUUGUCUUGGGCCUCAAGGCUCCAGGAUUGCCAAGGAGACCAUAUAUGCUCCUCAUCAAUGAGGAUGAGCGGGAUGUUGAACAUGGACAGUCUCUGCUGGGCAACCAGGCGGAGAACCAGUCCACGUGGAGCGGCUUCAAGGAGAAGGUGCGCCUUCUGGUGCCCUACAUGUGGCCGCGGGGCAGCAUAUUCCUGCAGCUGCUGGUGCUGCUCUGUCUGGGCCUGCUGGCCACCGAGCGCGUCAUCAACGUCUUCGUGCCCAUCUGCUACAAAAACAUAGUGAAUGACUUGACCAGUCAGAGCAGUUGGAAGUCCCUAGCCACCACAGUCUGUGUGUAUGUUUUCCUGAAGUUCUUGCAGGGUGGAGGAGCAGGGGCGUCUGGCUUCGUGAGCAACAUGCGCUCCUUCCUGUGGAUUCGUGUGCAGCAGUACACCAACCGGCAGGUGCAGGUGCGUCUGUUCGGUCACCUGCACUCCCUCUCGCUGCGCUGGCACCUGGGCCGCCGCACCGGCGACGUGCUGCGCAGCAUCGACCGUGGUACCUCCUCCAUCAACAGCCUGCUCAGCUACAUAGUCUUCAGCAUCUUUCCCACCAUUGCUGACAUUGUCAUCGCCAUCAUCUACUUUAUCACCUACUUCAAUGCUUGGUUCGGGCUCAUCGUCUUCGUCUGCAUGUUCCUCUACCUCACUCUCACCAUCAUCAUCACAGAGUGGAGGACCAAGUAUCGGCGAGACAUGAACAUCCAGGACAACAAUGCCAAGUCAAAAGCAGUGGAUUCGCUGCUUAACUUUGAGACGGUGAAAUACUACAAUGCAGAGAGUUAUGAGGUGAAUCGAUUUGAGGAUGCAAUACUUAAGUAUCAGGUGUCUGAAUGGAAGACCCAGGCCUCGCUGGCGUUCCUGAACCAGACCCAGAACCUUAUAAUUGGCUCCGGACUGCUGGCAGGGUCUCUCCUCUGCGCAUACUUUGUCACCGAGGGCAAGUUUCAGGUUGGAGAUUACGUUCUCUUCGGCACUUACAUCGUCCAGCUCUACACACCCCUCAACUGGUUUGGAACCUACUAUAGAAUGAUCCAGAACUCCUUCAUUGACAUGGAGAGCAUGUUCAAACUUUUCACCGAGGAGCAGGAGGUGGUGGAUGAUGUAAACGCAGGAAAUCUCUUGUUCAAGCUGGGGAAAGUAGAGUUUGAGAAUGUGCACUUCAGCUACGUGGAUGGAAAGGAGAUCCUGAAGGACGUCUCCUUCACUGUGCUGCCAGGCCAGACAGUUGCUCUGGUUGGUCAGUCUGGUUCUGGAAAGAGCACCAUCAUUCGCCUGCUCUUCCGGUUCUAUGAUGUCCAUGGGGGUUGCAUCCGGAUCGACGGCCAGGAUAUCUGCAAGGUGAAACAGACUUCGUUGCGUGCCCAUAUUGGAGUGGUGCCACAGGACACCGUCUUGUUCAACGACAACAUCCGAGACAACAUCCGCUACGGACGCAUUUCUGCCAGUGACCAGGAAGUGGAGGAGGCAGCCAUGGCUGCAGACAUUCAUGACAAAAUCCUGGCCUUCCCGGAAGGAUAUGAGACGCCAGUGGGAGAGAGGGGACUGAAGCUCAGCGGUGGGGAGAAACAGAGAGUGGCCAUUGCCCGAACCAUCCUCAAAGCCCCCCAGAUCAUUCUUCUGGAUGAGGCCACGUCUGCUCUGGAUACGCAAACAGAGCGUAACAUUCAGGCCUCGCUGGCCAAAGUGUGCGCAAACCGGACCACCAUUGUGGUGGCACACAGAUUGUCCACCAUCAUUGGAGCUGACCAGAUUUUGGUUUUGAGUGAAGGACAAAUCGCUGAGCGAGGAAGGCAUGAGGAGCUGUUGGCGAAGGGUGGUCUAUAUUCUGACAUGUGGAUGAAGCAGCAGCAGGCACAUGACUUGGACUCUGCUUCUGACUCAGAGGCCAAGGACAGGGCAUCAGAAAAACUACAGCCCCCAUCAGCCACUGGGGGCCAUCACCAUGGCCACUAAGCACAGUGCUGCUUGCCAUGGCAUUUGGUUUGGCUACAGAGAAACUGUACAUGGGGCACAGGCAGAAACUGAAUCUGUACAGUUGCAAAUCAGUGACAGGGCUUUUGACUUUAUUCAACUUAUUUAAAGGCCGUUUGGGGCACAAAAACAUGAAGGCACUGAACACAUUUUUACUAUGAGUUUCAUUUUUGAACAUCAGCUAAUUGAGAUUUGUAAGGUGUAGCAUUACUAUAUAUAUAAUAUUGCACCUUUUUAUUUUUUGGUCUCAUACACAACCAUAUGUAUGUUCUGCUUUUAGGUUACCUGUAGGCUCAGUGCCCCCUGUCAUUGUAGUGAUUACAUUGAAAUGUAUUGACCGUAAGUAAGUGUUGAAAAGUUAUGCUGACACACGCACCUUUUCAUCUAAUUUACACCGUUAUAAACAGCGACACACUCUUAUUUAUGUAAGCAAUAGAACUUGUUGAGCCUACGAGGUCAGUUAGACAUACUGAAUGUAUAUAUUUUAAUAUCCUUUUGUCAUUUUAUUCUACAAAGAUCUUUUAAGAAAAACUCCAAACCUGAUAAACCACGAUGGUUGUGUUUGUGAGAAAUAUGAAAAGUAUUGCUUUUUAUUAGUUAAGUUUGGGAAGUUUUUUGUCCAUAUUGACUGUCCUUUCAAAAAAUACAGACACUGACAUAAAGCACUAUCAAUAGCCAAGUAUCAGAAACAUGUGAGCUUGAGGAUUGGGGCUUAACACUACAAGUAACAAAGGGUAGUUUGUUGAUCAUAUGGACAAACCAGCAGGGUUGUCAUGGACACAUGGCCAGUGCAUUGAUAAUUUGAGACAAGCCAGACAUCUCACUGAGAAAUGAAAAUUUGGAUUGACACUUAAACCUUCCGUAACAUCUUAGAAAGCAUUCAUUUUGCUAGUUUAUAUAUCAGUGUCAACAUGUUGAGACUUAAACAAUAAUACUGAUACAAAUUACAUUGGUGAUCUGUUCUUAUCUAGGCGCCUGUCUGGCUUUACAUGGUCAGGUUAUAAGGUGGUGUGUAAUUUGUAAAUGACUGUGACAUCAAAGAAAAUCUAUGUCCUUUUGCUGUCAUAGCCUUACAAGGGAUAGUAUGUGUUAUUCUGUUUUAAAGUUCUCUAGAAAUGUU